CCGCCCGCCCCGCGGGGAAAAACAAACAAAACCCACCUUCUUCUACUCCUCUGCCCACCCGCUCGGACGGAACCCGAGGCCGGGCGUCGGACGGCAAGCGGCUGAGCAGAGUGAAGAUUCCAGGAGGGGCUUUUCCCACGGGCCUUCCUGCGGAUGGCAACCCCAGAUGUGAGUGUUCACAUGGAGGAGGUGGUUGUGGUAACAACUCCAGACAACAUGGCUGACAGCAGUGGCAUGGAAGAAGUGAAAACUGUGCUAGUUACCACCAAUCUCUCCCAGCACAGCAAUGACCUAAAUGAAGACACCCUGGAGACGGAAAAUGCAGCCGCUGCAGCUGCUGCUGCUUUUACAGCUUCUGCACAUUUGAAAGAAGCCCUGUUAGGUAAGUGGGUGAAGAUGGCUGAAGGUGAUGAUUGUGUAGAAGCCGAGAUUGUUUAUCCCAUCACCUGCGGAGAUAGCAAAGCCAACCUAAUAUGGAGGAAGUUUGUUUGCCCCGGUAUCAACGUGAAAUGUGUCCAGUAUGACAACCAUUUGAUAAGUCCCAAGGAAUUUGUCCAUUUGGCUGGCAAGUCCACCUUGAAGGACUGGAAGAGGGCAAUCCGGAUGAAUGGGAUCAUGCUAAGGAAGAUAAUGGAUUCAGGGAAGCUGGAUUUUUACGAGCAUACGAAAGUUUGUUCCAAUACCUGCCGAAGCACUAAAAUCGACCUGACCGGAGCCAGAGUGCCCCUAACAAGCCAGACGUCAACAGAAUACAUACCUCUCACGCCGGCCUCUGCAGAUGUAAAUGGGUCUCCUGCCACGAUCACCAUAGAAACGUGUGAAGACUCCACGGACUGGACCACUGCUAUUGGAGAUGAUACAUUUACAUUUUGGCGAGGUUUAAAGGAAGCCGGUCUUUUGGAAGAGGUGAUUCAAGAGUUCCAUGCGGAGCUCAUGGAGACCAUGAAGGGCCUGCAGCAGAGGAUUCAGGAUCCCCCUUUGCAACUCAGCGAUGCUGUCUUGCUCAACAAUACAGUCCAGAACUUUGGCAUGCUGGACCUGGUGAAGAAAGUUUUAGCCAGUCACAAGUGCCAAAUGGACCGUUCCCGAGAGCAGUAUACGCGAGAUUUGGCAGCUCUGGAGCAGCAGUGCGAUGAGCACCGGAAGAGAGCAAAGGAGCUGAAGCACAAAUCGCAGCACCUCAACAACGUGCUGAUGACCCUGACGCCAGUCUCCAUCCCCUCCCCUCUGAAACGCCCCAGGCUGACCCGAGCCACCUCGGGGCCUCCCGCCAUCACCUCCCAGCUCCUGACUCAGUCAGCGCAGAUCGCCCUUGCGCCAGGGAUGCCGGUCACGCAGCUGGCGAACCUGCCCAUAGGCAAAGUGGUCUCCGCCCUCCCGGCAUCCGCUCUCGGGAAGGCCGCGGCGCAGGUUACCUCUGCUGGCUCCCCGGCUUCUCCCCUGCUGGGCGGAUACACUGUCCUGGCCUCUGCGGGCUCCGCUUUUCCCAACGCCGUUGAAAUACACCCGGAUGCCUCCAACCUCACGGUCCUGAGCACAGCGGCCAUACAGGAUGGCAGCACCGUGUUGAAAGUGGUGAGCCCCUUCCAGCUGCUCACCCUGCCAGGACUGGGCACGGCCAUUCAGAACGUUACGCAAAUGUCUCCCAGCGGGAGCACCAUCAUGACUGUGCCAUCCAGCCUUGUUGAGGGCACCGCAGCAAAUGAAGACCACACAACCAUUGAGGUAACCACAGUGGGGGACGAGCCUGAGCAGAAAUGAAGCAGAGACUUUGACCCACCUUCCGAGGUGUGCUCUGGGCUCACACGGCCGUCCCUCUGAGGAGGAGGAGGAAGGGAAGGGGGGAUUGGGCAUAGAGAAAGGGAAGCAAGAUCGGCUAAUGGGAGGAUAGUGAGGUUGGGAUCCUAGAGUGAGGUGUGGAGGGGAGGACACCACUGAAAAGGCGGGAGAGAGAUCACUAUUCCACAGGAACCAUUAAAAGCUACAGCCUUUCCAUCCUCGGCUUGUUAGCACUGUACCAUAUCUGGCCACCCCCAGCUGGAACGAGGAGCGUGGGCAGAGAGAUUGAGGUAGGCGAGACAAGGAGGAGGAAAGCUCGCCAGCCACGUUGAGCUCCAGAAAUUACAGGGCACACAGCCAAAGGGACCUUUUCUGGGUUCAGGCUGGGCUGUGUGUUGCCUCAUGCUCGUGAGUGGCUGCUUCUCUGUCGUGUGGGGGAGAGCAGCUGAGAAGAGCAGGGCUCUGGCAGGUGGACUUGGGCAAAACGCACCAGAAAGGGUUUCAAAGGCUUGCUUGCAUUUGCUCAUUCCUAAACGCAGUGGCGGGCACGGCCCCGAUCUGCCCAUAUUACCAAGCUGGUUGGGAUAAAAUUGUUAAGUGAGCCUCGGGACCUGGGGUGUUCAGCAGGAGGGUUUGCAUGCAGGACCGGAAGAAACCCAUUCGCAUAGCAAAGCCCAUAACCUUCGAGGUAUAUGGGCCUCUUUGUAUACCUUCAUUAGGACAUCACACCUUCUAGUCCUUCCUGCUAUGAGGCAGGUGCGCAUUCUGCUGAAUGUUGAAUGCCUGAGCUUCUUCCAUGUCAGCGGAGGGCUGAUUCUGUGUCCACUCGUCCUGCCGCCUGCCGCUGCCAGUGAGCCUUAUCCCCUGUGCACAAGAACCUCAGACUGCUGUAUUGUCCUUGAAAAGGGCAUUUUAGCCGAAAGGGUGUGUGGCGGGAAAGGAGAACAAAAAUGUUCAGCUCCUGAGCUAGCUUUGGAUUGCUCUAACUGGCUUGAGGGACUGAUAACAAUACAGUUAAAAGAAGAAGAACCAGCAAAGAAGUGCUUGUGAGGGUGACAUGCUGCUGCCGCCAAGGUCAUGGGUUCUUGCACUGAGGCUUUGUCGAGAGCAGCAAAUGCAGAGUUCUUGAAUAACCUAUUAAAUAUUUUUGAAAACAUA